AUGUCAACCACCAUUGAAGUCGAAGAGUCAAGCAAAGUUGCUAAAGGAAAAGCUGCUCUACUUGCAGCCCCAAGACCAGGAGGGUGGAAGAAAGGGAUAGCCAUAAUGGACUUCAUUCUAAGGUUAGGUGCUAUAGCUGCUGCUCUUGGUGCUGCUGCCACCAUGGGAACCAGUGAUCAGAAACUCCCUUUCUUCACUCAGUUCUUUCAGUUUGAAGCUAGCUACGAUAACUUUUCUGCUUUCCAGUUUUUCGUUAUUACAAUGGCAUUAGUUGGUGGCUACCUUGUCCUAUCCCUACCUUUAUCUAUAGUAGCCAUCGUUCGCCCCCGUGCAGUUGGACCAAGGCUUUUCCUUAUCAUCCUAGAUACUGUAUUUCUAACUCUGGCUAGUGCUAGUGCUGCUUCAGCUGCUUCCAUAGUUUACUUGGCACACAACGGGGAUCAGAGCACAAACUGGUUAGCUAUCUGCAACCAAUUUGGAAACUUCUGUUCGCAGACAAGUGGAGCAGUGGUGUCAUCUUUUGUUGCUGUUGUUGUCCUUGUAUUAUUGAUUGUUAUGUCUGCCAUAGCUAUAGGGAAGCAUUGA